UUGACAAUUUAAUCUCAAUCAAGAAGAAAACUCUCAGACCUAUUUGAGUCUUGAAGGAAAAAAUAAUAAAAAUGUCUUCGAAUUUGACUGCAAUUGAGUUACUAAACUUAGGAAAUGAAGGAAGAAAGAAGCCUGUUUUAAAUCAAUACUGGCCGUACCUUCUCGGUACAGUUUUCGGGGUCGGAACAGGCGUUAUGCUCAAUUUUGGCACAAAAAGGCCACUGUUUAGCGGAAUACAAAAGCAUAUUGCAGGCGUAGUUGUAUGGACAUCACUUUUAACGUAUGUUACAAAUAAACGUGAAGAAUAUUUAGCAGAGAAAGACGCAGUUCUAAGGCACUACAUACAAUUACAUCCUGAUGAUUUUCCGACACCUGAGAGAAAGAAGAUAGCAGAUGUAUUGGAGCCAUGGGUACCAAUCCGUUAAAACUUCGUUAUUUAAAAAAUGUUAUGCAAAAAUACCAAGAAGCUAGUGCAGAAUUAUGUUUUCAAUUAAAUAAAUUAUGAUUAGA